UCCGCACCAAGCAUUAAGACAGCUGUGCGGAGCCGCUGCCGUACAUAAGACGUGCGCAAAGCCGAGGAGCGGAGGACCGCAGCAUUUAGGCGGCCGCGCGGAGCCUUUGUGCGCAUACUUCUCCGCUGCUUCCUCUCCGGGUUUAAGGUGACUGGCAACUCUGCCUUGCGAGGUGGUUUUCCGCAGCAGGUAAUUUAAUCUUCAUGCAGAAGAUCUUUAAAUAUCUUCUUUGAAAAGCUUCCAGCUACCACGUGGCGUAAAGGGAGAUAUUUCCAAACCGGUGCUCUGAGCAGGACCCCACUAUCAGUGGACUGACCAGUCUCUACAGAAAUCUGGCUUCUUCAGUGUUUCUUCAGCUUGUUCUGAACUUUAAAAGGCUGUUUACAAUUGACUGGCGGGGGGCUAUGCAGUGAAUCCCCCAGUCUACUGUUUUCUUUUCUCUUUUGUUUUGAAGCACUAUGCCUUUUCUUUUGCCGGCAUACCCCUAGCACCUUGCAGUGAAUGGAGAACAUACUGGUUCUGCUUCCGAAGCACCGACAGGAACACGGGCACUGCAGAAGCACGGCUUCAUGUGCCUUGCUGGAAGUCUUUACCUGCAGAGCGAUUUUCUCUUCCUCUUUAGUGACAACCCACACCCCCUGUUAGCCUAUUUAAUGGGAUAAAUCAACUGGACAGAUCAGGUGCAACACUGGAUCAAGUAACAGGUUCUAUUCUGAUUUUCCCCAAACUAUUAGCCUAAGGCACACUCACCAUUUCUUGCUGAGUACACUGUCUGUAAAAGGCCUCCGCAUGGUACUUUGGUCAAAAGAACAAGACAAACUCCCUGACAUUGAGAUGUCCUCAGGGGACAUUGAGAUGAAGAAGGAGGGAGGUCCCCUGACCCCAGCCUUCCUCAAUUCUAACUGCUCCGUCCACCCACUGAUCCUCACCAGAGGCCCAGAAGAAGUGAUCCCACAAACUGGGGGGGAGUUUGAGCUCACUGAGGUCACAUCUUUCACGGAAAGAAUCAGCGAGACCGGGGAAGAUGCGGAGAGGUCGGAGAUUGUGGUGGCGUUAGACUGUCGGGCCAAUGCCAAAGGUCAACGAGAGGAGGAUGCUCUCCUGGAGAAUGCAAGCCAGAGCAACGAGAGUGACGACAAUAGCAUCAAUCAGAGCCCUGAGCCACCAGCACCCCUCAAGGAGACCUCAAUUUCUAUUGGCCUGCAGGUGGUUUUUCCCUUUCUGUUGGCUGGCUUCGGAACAGUGGCUGCAGGAAUGGUGCUAGACAUUGUCCAACACUGGACAGUGUUCACGAAGGUGUCAGAGGUCUUCAUCCUUGUUCCUGCAUUGUUGGGCCUAAAAGGAAACUUAGAGAUGACGCUGGCCUCCAGGCUUUCAACAGCGGCUAAUAUUGGUCAGAUGGACACAGCCAAAGACAUGUGGAAGAUGAUCAUGGGGAACUUGGCCCUCAUCCAGGUCCAGGCCACAGUUGUGGGGUUCCUGGCUUCCAUAGCUGCUGUAAUCUUUGGCUGGCUCCCAGAGGGACAGUUCAAGCUGGGCCAUGCAGUGCUGCUGUGUGCUUCAAGUGUGGCCACAGCCUUCAUCGCAUCUCUGCUCCUGGGUCUCAUCAUGAUCGGCGUGAUUGUCGCGUCCAGAAAAGUCGGCAUCAACCCUGACAAUGUGGCCACACCCAUCGCUGCUAGCCUUGGAGACCUGAUCACCUUGUCCCUACUGGCAGGCAUCUCAACAGGGCUCUACAAAGAGUUAGAGUACAAUGACUAUGCCAACCCGCUGGUGUGUGCGGUGUUUGUGGCGAUGUGUCCUGUGUGGGUGCUGAUAGCCCGGAAGAUUCCAGCUACCAGAGAAGUCCUCUAUUCUGGCUGGGAGCCGGUCAUCAUUGCCAUGGCCAUCAGCAGCGUCGGAGGUUUGAUCCUUGACAAGACCGUUAGCGAUCCAAACUUUGCUGGGAUGGCUGUUUUUACUCCAGUAAUCAACGGUGUAGGAGGCAACCUGGUGGCAGUUCAGGCCAGUCGAAUCUCCACCUAUCUCCACAUGAAUGGGCUGCCAAUGGGGGAUCCCAACCCCACCCCCAGAAAGUGUCCCACACCGUGCACUUCAUUUUUCGACUCCACAGUGAAUUCUCGUUCAGCCCGUGUGCUCUUCUUCCUGGUUGCCCCAGGUCAUCUCAUCUUCCUCUACACCAUUAAUUCCCUGAGAGGGGGUCACACCACCCUGACACCUAUCUUCAUCACCUUCUACAUGGUAGCUGCUCUACUGCAGGUCGCAAUCCUCCUGUACCUGGCUGACUGGAUGGUUCACUGGAUGUGGGGCCGAGGCAUGGACCCUGACAACUUCUCCAUCCCGUACCUGACCGCUCUAGGGGACCUCCUGGGAACCGGUUUCCUUGCCCUCUGCUUUCAUAUGCGUUGGUUCAUCGGGGACAGAGACUCCAACUUAGGCAACUAAAUUAAUGCAGACAUACGCACAAAAAAACUAAACUUACACAUACUGUAAGCUUGCAUGCAAAAACAGUGAUGAACAUCACUCGUAUGCCUGAGUCUGAAAGUGGACAUCUACAAUAAAAUCUCCUGAAGGGCUCUGGAUGAAGGUGGUAUUAUAAGAAUUUUAUCCUCAGGAUAUCAGGACGCUGUUUUACUGUUGGAACAGCAGCAGCGUGUAAAUCCUGACAGAGUCUUGCUGUCACCACGGAACACAGACCUCUUCAUCUCAACCAUGCAAAAAACGGACCAAUGGUAGAUCCAGCUUCACAGCCUCCUCUGCUCCUUAAUCUUACUAAACGCCUAAGUCCUGGCACUUUUAUUAAUAAUAAUUAUCUUUAAUGAACAAUGCAUUUCAUAUGAUUUGAUAUCUGUUUAUGUGCAUUGCAAGUCCUCAUUAUUUUCAAUGGGGACAUAAGCCCUUUUGUUUAAAAACAGCAUUUAAAACAAGAUUGAAAAAGAGCACAAAACUCCCCACACAUUGAAAUGAGCCUAAAAUGAAUGCUUAAUCACCAAGUGUAGUUGAAUUAACUCUAAGGUUAUAUCUUGUGUUGGUCAAAUGCAUUUUUUUCCUCAGUUGUUAUGCUUCAUUACAGUAGCAAACAAGGCUUUGGUUUUUCUUAAGGGGACUGGAUGUAAAUUCCUUUUUAGCGCAGCUUCCAGGUCUUGGGGACAGGAAGCUCUCCCUGUGUUUGCUGUCCCUCAUACUUGAUGUUGAAAACUUAGAUUAAUGUUGUGAACUCACCUCAAACUGCUUCCAGCCUUUAUGCAGCCUAAUGUUGAUGCAUAUUCCACACAAAUCAAGGGUCGUAUUGAAAGCACUUUACCGCCAUCUAGCAUACAAAACAUCUAAAUGUAUAUCUAUUGUGUGUGCUACAUUUAGAAAAAAUUAUCUCUACUUAAUUUAGCAUCUAUUUAACGGCAAAAUCGCAAAUAAUUUAUGUUUUCAUAUAAUGGUAAAGAAAUUCAGGCAGUAAUAGGUUAAUAUCAAAAACGGCAGGUAUUUUGUAUGUGUAUUCAAAGAACAAUCUGGCCUUUCUAUAAAAAACAUACACAGGCAUGUGUUUGUCAGAGCACCUAAGAGCUUCCUGCAGAAGUCAAGAAAGUCUUUUUUUAUGAAAGAAUAUCACCAGAUUUCUAGUUUGUUUUCCAGCUCAGGCAAACAGUAAGGGACAAAAGUGACUCAGCACAAUGCUAUGCAUGAAAAUUAAGCUGCAAAGUUGACUACUAUAAUAGAUGGGGGGUUCAAAGAUGGUGUUUAAACAUGUUUUAAAUUGCUAGGACAUGCUGACUUAGCUUCAUGACAGUAGAUGAAAGAUACCGAGAGCUGAUAUGCUGCGUGGAAAUUGUUGGAGCAUUAACUACUGUCGAAGUGGUAGACUGAUCAGUGAUGUCUUUAAGUUCCAGAUCUUGUGUUUUUUUUUAUUUUUAUUUAUUGUUUAUGGUCAGGCAUAGGCUGUAUCAAGGCAGACCAAGGUUUUAGGAGGUUCCAGUUUCAAAACCACAGAAAUUUCUCAUCAUACUGUUUGUUCAGUUUAAAGUUCUGGUAAUGAGAUGCCAGAGAAAGUGCAGAUUUGACUGGAGUAAUGCAAAGCUGCCCCAUUCCCACAAGCUGCUGCCAGUCAGCUGGCUGAAAUAAGGCGCCUAUGUUUUCUCAUAUUUUUCUGCACCAAAGAUCAGUUUCACUUUUCGGAAACCUACAGUUGCCUAGAUAACAGCCAGUGAAGGUCUGGAAACUCAGCAAUGUAACAUCACUCUUAUUAAAAUAACACUGUUUUAAAACAACAGUUGUCAGGCUACGUUUUUGCUAAAAUUUAAAAACAAAAGCAAUUAGAUCUUGUCAUUUUCAUUUAAAAUUCUUUUAACAAGAAAGUGCAUUAUUUUUACUAUCUAUUGUACCAUGAGAAUUUCAUACCAGCUCAUGUUUUAAUUUAAAUGCUGGUUUUGCCCUCUAUUUUUAAAUUCACAAAAUGAGCCACAUUUAGUUUUUUUUAGGCUGCCCACAAGCUCAUUCACUUACACUCGGUUUAAAAUCUCAGUUCACACCAGCUGAUGGAAUGGCUACGUUUUGCUAAAUCAAUUUGCUCCAAUGAAAUUGCCUUAAGCAGCUUGUCUGUGCUAAUAUGUACGGGAACAAAGAGAAAGGGAGUCCAGCAAUGAGCCAGCUAACACAGCUCAUGUUGCACUAUCCGCUAAGAUUAAUCCUAAGGCUGCUAUGAAGCACUUAAAUAAAUAAAAGAUUGUUUUUAAACAGUUAAAAGACCUCUUUAAGACAUCUUUAAAAUAACUUGUAGGAACCCUUUGUGUUAGCAACUGCUAGCUAGAACUGUGUAAAUGAAAUAGCAGAUGAAUAUUUUGUUAUUUAGAAACGUGUUACCUCUUUCAACACAUUGUUUUUCAAUUGAGGUGAUGUAAAACCAUAGAAAAAUGCUAAAAUGAUAGGAGAUUAAAAAUAUACCAACUCCAAACACAACUGUGGGACUUUUUCUAACAAUGCUCGUUCAGUAGCACUAGCAACAAUUCAUGCUAAAUAAACCUAUUAGCAUGGAGUUUUUUGAUAGAAUAUGAUGAAGUUUGACAAAACAAAAGAUACAAAUUAUUUAUACAAAGAACUUAUUACAAGAAACCAGUGAUAGUUUAGUAAAACAUUGUCUAGUGUAAAUAAUUUAAUUUGUUAUUUAACUGUCAUGCACAAAACAUCCAUCACCUGUUUCUGAGUUUUUUCUUUAGUCGUCCUAUGCUAAAAACAAUACAGUUCUUUUAACAUCCAUCUGUAUUCUGGGAUGAGUCUGAACUCCACAUUAAUGGAUGAGAUUUAUUUGAGGACAAUAAUCUUCAACAGUGUUUUCCUGUUUCAAUUCAGAAUGUCUUCUUCUUCCCAUCACCCCACACAAAUGACCUAUUAUCAGACCAGCUUUUCCUGAAUUUAUUGGCCUACAGUUGUUUGAGCCAUUUGGACACACUGUAACAUGUAAAAAAAAAAAUCAUGUUAUGUUUGAUUUUUAUGUUUGUUUGUUUGUUGAUUUUAUUUCAAGGGGGCCAACAGAAUGCACAAGCAGGGCACAUAGUGCGGAUGUGCAAAAAUCUAUUCUCAUUGUUGAAAAUCCCUUGCUUUAUGGUCUUAAAGAUGUUUUUGAAUGUCAGGUCUUGUUUAUUUUUUUGUAUUCCAUUUCUUUUUCCUAAUCUUUUUAGCUUUUGGAGAUGAUUGUUUUGUUUUCUAAAUUAAAUCAAGCAAACAGCCAUUUAUAACAAAAAACAUUCUGUGCCAUUCAAAUGCUUCAAUGUACUGUAGAUUGCCAACUCACCACCAGAUGGCACUGCAAGAACCUGUGCUCCGGAUUCAAAUUGUCCACCCAGAGAGGUAUUUGCCACUUUGCCUUUGACUUUUCUCCAAAGUUUGAGCAACAUUCUUCCAUCAUCUCUUAUCAGUUUGUAUCCUUGACACUCUAUCAAACCGGUGCCAGCAUUCUGCCUCUACUUCAAUGGAAAGUUGUGUAUACUUCUAUAAAGAGGCAAGUAAUGCUACAUCUAUUUAUUUUUAGAAGCACACAAAGCAAAUUGUACAUACUAUAUUUAUUCUAUAUAUAAGGUUGUUCAUUUUGUCAUUUUCUUUUGACUCGGUCCAUUGUCAUCCAUUGCUGUCUGAUUUCCUAUCUGCAAAUGGCCACUGGCCAGCAUUUUGGUAUUGCCUGUAACAUUGACAGGAGUGAACUUAAUGACUAUCGCAGUGCCUAAUGGGAGUCUUCACAUGGACAGAUUAUGUGAAAAAGUGCCCCUCUUAAAAGGAAGAAAGUAUCCGUCGAUGAAAUGAGACAGUGUUAAUCUGUCAGAGCCAAGCUCAACUCAGAGUAACCAAUCAGGAGUUACCUAAGCUACAGAGUAGCAUUUGUUUAAUUAGCUUGGAUUAAUAAAAGAUGUGCAGUGUGAGGAUUGCUAUGUGUAAUUGUGAAAAUGACUGUAUGGAAUUAGAGCUGGGAGCAUCACUUUUUGCUCAUGUGGUUCAGCAGUCUGGUAAACAGGACAAUUGGGAAUCCCUAGAAAUAAGCUUCCAAAACUAGAAAAUGUUCUAAAACCAAUCUAAUAUCACUCACCGCCCAGCUUCUGCUUUGUAUAUCCCAGUGCUUUAAACUAUUAAGCCCCAUAGGGAAUCCCACUGACCAUGAGGCUGCCAGCGUCAACAGCAAGACUGAGCUGUUAAAUCAAAAUGUCCACCUGUCCACUACGCUGCCUUUAAAGAAAACUGAUGUAGACACAGGCAGUCUUGUAACGUCUGACGUCUUUUACAUGUUUGUCUUCUAAAAGUCCCCCUUCUGUGAGGCAGGACGAAGGCUUUCUCUCUGCAGGACACUGUAAUUUGCUGGAAAUAAAUAAAUGACUAUAUUAUUUCAUACA